CUCUCGUUCCCGCACUCCCGGCCCGGCGGUGGCGGCCGGGAGCUCCGCGCCAUCCCACCCGGGCGGCUGUGGCCCGCGCCCCGCGGCAUGAGCCGGUGACCAAGCGCGGGGCCCAGCCGGAGGCAGCCGUGGCCGAGGUUCUCUAUGAGGUUUGAAUGAAUGAAUGAAUGAAAACUUUAGUAUAUCAAACAAAGGGCCAGUUUGUCCAGAUGAAGCAUCAGUUGUUGUUAGGAGUGUGAGGAGGAGGCUGUCGGGGUCAUUAUGUGCGCGUCGGUCAAGUACAACAUCCGGGGUCCCGCCCUCAUCCCGAGAAUGAAGACCAAGCACCGCAUCUACUACAUCACCCUCUUCUCCAUCGUCCUGCUGGGUCUCAUCGCCACGGGCAUGUUUCAGUUCUGGCCUCACUCCAUCGAGUCCUCCGGCGACUGGAGCGUGGAGAAGCGCAGCGUCAGAGACGUGCCAGUGGUCAGGCUGCCGGCCGACAGCCCGGUGCCCGAGCGCGGCGACCUCAGCUGCAGGAUGCACACAUGUUUCGACGUCUACCGCUGCGGCUUCAACCCGAAGAACAAGAUCAAGGUGUACAUCUACCCGCUGAAGAAGUACGUGGGCGAGGCGGGUGUCCCGGUGAGCAGCACCAUCUCCCGGGAGUACAACGAGCUGCUCACGGCCAUCUCAGACAGCGACUACUACACCGACGACAUCACCCGCGCCUGCCUGUUCGUCCCGUCCAUCGACCUGCUCAACCAGAACUCGCUCCGCGUGAAGGAGACGGCGCAGGCGCUGGCCCAGCUCUCCAGGUGGGAUAGAGGUACCAAUCACCUCCUGUUCAACAUGUUGCCUGGAGGCCCCCCAGAUUAUAACACAGCCCUGGAUGUCCCCAGAGACAGGGCUCUGUUGGCUGGUGGUGGCUUUUCUACGUGGACUUAUCGGCAAGGCUACGAUGUCAGCAUUCCUGUCUAUAGUCCACUGUCAGCCGAGGUGGACCUUCCGGAGAAAGGGCCCGGGCCGCGGCGGUACUUCCUGCUGUCGUCCCAGGUGGCCCUGCAUCCAGAGUACAGAGAGGACCUGGCCGCCCUCCAGGCCAGACACGGCGAGGCGGUGCUGGUGCUGGGCAAGUGCAGCAACCUCUCCGAGGGCGUCCCCGCCGCCCGGAGGCGCUGCCAGCAGCAGCAGGCCUUCGACUACCCGCAGGUGCUGCAGGAGGCUACUUUCUGCAUGGUCCUUCGUGGAGCUCGGCUGGGCCAGGCGGUACUAAGUGAUGUUUUACGGGCUGGCUGCGUCCCAGUGAUCAUCGCAGACUCCUACAUUUUGCCUUUCUCUGAAGUCCUUGACUGGAAGAGAGCAUCUGUAGUUGUGCCAGAAGAAAAGAUGUCAGAUGUCUACAGUAUUCUGCAGAGCAUCCCCCGAAGACAGAUUGAAGAAAUGCAGAGACAGGCACGGUGGUUUUGGGAAGCAUACUUCCAGUCAAUCAAGGCCAUCGCCCUGGCCACCCUGCAGAUCAUCAAUGAUCGGAUAUAUCCAUACGCUGCCAUCUCCUAUGAAGACUGGAACGACCCUCCUGCUGUGAAGUGGGGCAGUGUGAGCAACCCUCUCUUCCUCCCCCUCAUCCCCCCGCAAUCUCAAGGUUUCACGGCCAUCGUCCUCACCUACGACCGAGUGGAGAGCCUCUUCCGGGUCAUCACCGAAGUGUCCAAGGUGCCCAGCCUAUCCAAGCUGCUGGUCGUCUGGAACAAUCAGAAUAAAAACCCUCCUGAAGAUUCUCUGUGGCCCAAAAUCCGGGUUCCAUUAAAAGUUGUGAGAACAGCUGAAAACAAGUUGAGUAACCGCUUCUUCCCUUACGAUGAAAUCGAGACAGAGGCCGUCCUGGCUAUUGAUGAUGAUAUCAUCAUGCUGACCUCUGAUGAACUGCAGUUCGGUUAUGAGGUCUGGCGAGAAUUUCCUGACCGGUUGGUGGGUUACCCGGGUCGUCUGCAUCUCUGGGACCAUGAGAUGAAUAAGUGGAAGUAUGAGUCUGAGUGGACCAAUGAGGUGUCCAUGGUGCUCACAGGGGCAGCCUUUUACCACAAGUAUUUUAAUUACCUGUAUACCUACAAGAUGCCUGGGGACAUCAAGAACUGGGUGGAUGCUCAUAUGAACUGUGAAGACAUUGCCAUGAAUUUCCUGGUGGCUAACGUCACAGGGAAAGCUGUCAUCAAGGUAACACCACGAAAGAAAUUCAAGUGUCCUGAAUGCACAGCCAUUGAUGGGCUUUCGCUUGACCAGACGCACAUGGUGGAGAGGUCCGAGUGCAUCAACAAGUUUGCUUCCGUCUUUGGGACAAUGCCUCUUAAGGUGGUGGAGCACCGAGCCGACCCCGUCCUGUACAAAGACGACUUCCCUGAGAAACUGAAGAGCUUCCCCAACAUCGGCAGCUUAUGAAGCAGGCCGCUGGUUGGAGGUCUCAACACGAAUGCCGGACAGAGGAAGAGAACUCGGCCCCCCAGCCCUCUGACCCCCAGAUUUCAGAGUGGAAGACUGGCACCUCCUCGCCUGAAAAGCAGUGGCCCCAGGAGGACAUCUGAGCACCUCUGGCAUCCUCCGAUGCUCUUAAUGGGUUCUUUCUGAAAACUCUAGGUGGAAGCCUGUGGCAGGCUCCAGGGGAAGGCCAGAUCAGGCUUUCUGUGUUUCCAGCUCCAGUACAGUGAUCUGAGAGGAACCGUCCCUGGCUCUAAGACUGCUGAGAAACCUCCAGCAGAUCUGUGAUAUCAUGUAAGAGCUACCUGACUCUCACUUUUUGUUAUUUCACAUCAAUGAGUUCUUCAGAGGAAGAGCCACACCCAGAAUUUGGUGCACAAUCCAAGCAUCUUAGUGGCAUUUGACGCUUUGGGAGCACCAGCUGCUGAGUUGGGACCCAUAAAUUCCAUGAAACUCUUUGGUUUGGCUUUUGGAUAUGAUUAAAAUUAUUUUUUAUUCUGUUUCAUA